GUUAGCCACGCGCGCAGACUUGCGAGUUAGUGAGUGAGUCAGUCAGUUUGCCUGAGUGAGUGAGUGAGUGAGUGAGUAGAUUGGAAGUGGCUUUGCAUGAUUCAGCUGAAUGAGCAUUUCCUACAGGCAUGAUCUUGGCCAGAGGCUCAAGUUGGGCUCAAGGAUCACUAUCUUUGAUUGAUAGGUCUGACUCUGAGAGUCUCAUGAUGCAAGGCAGUCUGAGCAGACAGCAAGGAUUUGCUGAGAUGCCUCGCUUGCUUGGCCACUUCAUGAACGCAAAGGACUCAAAGGAUCCCGAUGAUGAGAGUGAUGCUUUCGCCAAGCUGCGAACAUAUGUUGUGCAAAAUGCAAAGUCCGAGAACAGCUGCUUGGAUGAUGGCGUUGAUGAACAGACCAUGGAUAACUUUCUUCACAAGCUCAACGACUUUGGAGGAAGGAAACCAGUUCAUCUAAAUCAGAUCGAUGAGGUUCUCAAUGGGCUUCAAAGUGGUUCACACGGUGGAUGGACUUCACAAAUCAACAAAGUUCGAGGCAAGUUGGACAAGCUUACAUCGCGGACACCAUCUUCUUGCCCAAGCCCAAGCGAAGCCGUGGCUUCUGGCUCGCAACGCUUCUCGCCAGGUGCUGUGGCGCUCGUGGACUUGACCACAGAGGGUGCCCUACAUGGUAAGUGUGUGAAGCUCCUCUCUGUUGAUGCGAAGAGAGGUUGGGAGGUAGAGGACCUUUUCGACGGCAGCAAGCACACAAUUGCAGAAGAUUGCUUGCGAUGCCCCAGCCAAGAGGAUGUGGCCGCUUGGCUCCAGGAGUUGACUUUCAUUCGGGAAGAUGCUCCAGAGCAUCUCAUGAAGCUGCACCAAGCUUUGGAAACGCUACUUUCACUCUUGCAUUUUGCAGAGAAAGACGAGCUUCGCCGGAGGAGAUUGAAGGAGAUUUGCGCCUCAUACCAGGUCAAGUGGAAGCAAAGUCUCACCGACAAGGACUGGAGGCAAAGUCUCGGCUGGCAAAACAACUUUGGUGAACAGCUUCCUUGCUUGUGCUUUGGCGAGUCACGAUUCAUGGAAAGGAGACAUGCUGCCAACCGAUGGCCUUGAAAACACCACCGCUGUGACCAUGUUUGCCUUCGGGAAGACGGAAAGCAGACAGAUCACAGUGCGAACUGAAAAGGUGCAAAUGCUGGAAGGCAAGGCUGAAGAUUCCAAAUUGCAACGCCAAACGAAAGUGGAUAGUAUGCAGCAGCUGCAAGAGAAAAUGCCGGGACUCUUAAAGCAGCUGUCCAGCUCUCCAUCCGAUUUCAGCCGGCUCCUUGUGGAGAUGCCUUACCAGCUGAAUGUGACAACACCCUCCCACGACACCAACUCCAACACCAACGCCACCAUUCAUCCUUCCGAGGUUGUUGUGGACUCUCCAGGGUUGGACUCUCCUGGCAUCAAGCGACAUUUGGUGUCUGUGCUGGAUCAGAAGUGCUUCAUUUUGUGCUUUGUGGUUGACCUAACAUCCCCAUCACCCUUUGGCAAAGAUGGAUUUGAGGUCUUGCAGUUCCUCACGAUGAGAUCUGAGUUGAUGUUUCCUGCCAUCAUUUUCACAAAGUGGGAACUCUUGAGCGAGAUGUCUACCUUGCCUCGUUGGAAGAAAGGAAAUCCUAAAGGGCUCGAAGCACGGAUCAAGGGCCUAGUGAACCUCCUGCUUGACAAACUUGCAGAGGCUGGAAUUCGUUACACCCCCUUCUUUGCAGAUGUCGAUGCUCUCUCAGCUUUUGAUGGCACUUGCAACCCUGAAGCCGCGGAAGCCCAGAACAAUGCCAAAGAUGGAUUUCAGCUAUUUGUGCGGGAUCUUGUGCAGCUUGGGAGAAGCAUCGCAAAUCCCACAAAUCAAUGGAGGAUUUUGCAGGUUCAGAAUCAGACGACCCAACAGAUUCUCAAUGAAAUCUACAAAGAGGAGGGGGUGAGGCUCUUGGCGGCUGAAGACAUGAGUCAGCUGAAGGCAUUAGGUACGACAUUGAAGGAGCAAUUCCAGACGGAUGUGGAGGACUAUUUCAAGAACAUUGAGUGGACAGAGUUUGGACUAGCAGACUUCAAACCCUGUGCUCCAUUCAAUCGAGAUACCUGUGCUAUCAACCAGAUCCCCGACGAGUUGAAGACAGUGUUGAAUGCUUACCGGGAUGAAAAGCCCGACAUUUGGUCCAAGGCCACCGCAGUUCAGGAAAUUGCAGAAAGGACGCUGCGAAAAGUCCAGGAAAGGAUCAUCACAGACCUUAGCAAGUAUGAGGCUGAUGCUCUUGCCAAGUUCAGAGCUUUCCUAUCGAAUCAAAAACUGAACAAAGACUUCCGCCUCGGCUUUUCCUUCUUGCAAUAUGCCAUUGCAGUGGGCAUGAGUGGCAUGUCCGUGUUCGCAGGGGUGUUCACUGGCAACGCAGUUUUUGCAGCUGGUCUUACUGCGACCGGUCUUGCCACAAGCCUUGGCAUUUUGACCGGUGGUGUUGGUGUCGUGGUGAUCGCGGGAUGGUUGGCCAAAGAUGAAGUUGGCGUUUGGAAAUGGACAGAUGCACACAGAACUGCUUUGAAGGUCGUCCUUGAAGCAUGUCAGAGAAACUCGCAGCAGUUGCGGGACGAUGUCAUCAAAGGAUUUGAGGAAAAGCUUGAUGACACCCUGAAAAAUCUUGAAGAGCACCGCAUCAAUCCAAAUCCAGCGGCCUCCCAGUGCAAUGCUACAAGGAUUCACGAGAUGGCGGGGAAGGGCUACACAGAUGUUGCCAAACAAUUGAUGGAGGUUCUGGAGGGGAAGAAAGAUCGGUGGCUUGGCAGGCCAUCCAAGUUGAAGGAGAUUUGCGAAGAGGUGCUCAAGCAGAGGGAAUCAGCAUGACUCGCUCAACUCCCUCCUCUCUUCAAUGUGGUGAUGUGAGCACGAAUGCAAUUGCUGGCUUGCUCGCCUGAAGUUCCACAGCACCCACCCAUCCACAAGUUUUGGGUGAGGUGUGGCGGUGGCACUACCUCCGCCAGGGCAGCAAGUUCAACUGCUUUUUUAAUGCAAUGAAAGGUGAGUCAAGGUGCAAAA